CUGCUUUACGUCAGGAUGGGAGAGGAAGGAAGGAAGUGCCGAAAUAAGCAUCAGUGGCGGCGCACCCCAGUUUGAAACAACAUUUUUCCUCCACGGACAACUCGGGAGAGAAUCACAGGACCGCACUCACCAUGAAGACCAUCAGGCUUCUUUUUGUCCUCCUCCUAGCAUCAGUGCACAUCUUCACUCCAGUGUCAGCAGCUGAAACAGACGACAAGCAGGAGGGAACUACAAGCCACCACACACCUGAAGCUGCAGAACCUGCACCACCUGCGGGACCCGCGCCACCUGCAGAACCCGUGCCCCCAGCGGAGCCCGCGUCCCCAGCGGAGCCCGCGCCACCAGCUGAGCCCGCACCGCCAGCGGAGCCCGCGCCACCAGCUGAGCCCGCACCACCAGAGGAGCCCGCACCACCAGAGGAGCCCGCACCACCAGCGGAGCCCGCGCCGCCAGCGGAGCCCGCGCCGCCAGCGGAGCCCGCGCCGCCAGCGGAGCCCGCACCACCAGCGGAAGCUACACCACCAGCAGAAACUGCAGCACCUGGACCUGCAGCACCUGGUAAUGCAUCGCAGCCUACAACACCACAGCCUGCAACAGCAGCAACAGGCCAACCCACAGUAGCGCCUCCACAACUUGAGAACACAAAAACGGAGCCGCCAGUCCCGACAAUGGAGAAGACCCAGUCACCAAAAGCCCAAAAUGACUCCAACACAGACACUGCGAGCAACAAGACUCAAGGCCUAAACGACACCAUGGUUCCUUUGCAGCCUGACAAAGAGACCGGCCAGACCACAGAGAAGAGCCCUGGUCCUCAGAAGGGCAGCAGUGACAAGGAGCCUGCCAAAGCAGGGACAGACAAAAGGCUUUGGUGGGUUUUGCUUCCCAUCCUGCUAGUUGCCGCCGCCGCAGCCAUUGUCCUCAAGUUCAAAUGCAAGAAGGUCCACGACCACACAGAGACUAUUGAUACCGGAACUGAGAACGCAUCUUUCCAGAGCCGCCCCGAAAGCACCAAAGAUGGCGUCAUGCUCCUCGGUGUGAAGUCAUCAGGCAGCGAGGAGAACGCUGCAAGAUAAAACGAAGAGGCUAUAUCAAGAUGAAGUGGAUCUGUCUCUUGGCCAUUGUCUUAAUAACCUUUUCAUGUUUAUGAUGCAGGAAAUGGUGCAGUGUGGCUUUGUAUAUGUAUUUCAAUGCAGUGAGCUCAAGUGAAAAAGAAUAGAACUUACGUAGUGAGCUUACCCUCAGACAAAGUUGCUAAUACUAUGAAAUCUGAAGUGAAUUUGAUCAGUAUUACGUGUUUAAGGACAAGCCUAAAUAGAGCUGUUCACACCUCUGACCUCAAAUGCGUUGCUUCUUUCAUGACAUCAGGGUUGUCCAAACUAAUUCCCGAGGGCCGCAUACGGAGAAAUUAAAUGAUGCCAUACAUUUUGUAUAAAUGUUUGCCAAAGUGAAUCCAUGGAAGUCAAUGUAUGCUAAGCUAUCUCACCAAAAGAUAUUAGCUUUGUGUUAUAGCUGACAAAACAAGUUAAAUAAUGAAUGAUUAGUAAUGAAUUCAUUUUAUUUGUGCAGUACGGUGAGGGCCAAUUAAACAAAACAACAAAAAAAACAAAAAAAAAAUAGCUGCGGACUGAAAAUAAUUUUUUGCACACAUCUGAAUAAGGACUGCAGGUUGCUUUGUAACUGUUGUCAAGAAAACAUAUACUCACACACCAAAUCCAUGCUAGUGUUAUAGAUGACUGAGUAGCAAAUAUAUCACUUGUGCAGUCUAAAUGCAUUCAAAGGAAGUUUCAGUGUCUAUUUUGUUGUGGACCUCAAAUAAAUCACUGCGAAAUUUA